GCGGCGGGCAGCGCGUCGCAGUCGUCGGGGCCGGGUGCGGCGCGCUGCCCCUACCUGGGGCUGGUGCUGGCCACGCUGUCGUCGCUGCUGUUCUCGCUGUGCAGCGUGAUCGUCAAGUGGCUGGUCGAGGUGCACCCCAUGCAGCUGGCCGCGUGCCGCUUCGCCGGCGUGCUGCUGCCCGCGCUGCCCAUCCUGCUGUGGCGCGCCGAGCCCGUGUUCCCGCGCGGCCGCCGCCUCAUGCUGCUGCUGCGCUCCUUCGUCGGCACCACCGGCCUCAUGCUCAGCUUCUACGCCUUCAGGCACAUGCCGCUGGCGGACGCUUCGGUGGUGGUGUUCAGCGUGCCGGUGUUCGUCGCCAUCUUCGCGCGGCUCUUCCUGAAGGAGCCGUGCGGCCCGUUCCACGCGCUCACGAUCGCGCUCACGCUGGUGGGCGUGGUGCUAAUCACACGGCCGCCGCUGCUCUUCGGCCACGCAGCCACGCCGCCGCUGGGCGCCGGAGGGCCCGUUGAGAGCGACGCCUGGGGCGCGGCGGCGGCCUUUGCAGCGACGCUGUUCGGCGCCAACGCGUACGUGCUGCUGCGCGCGCUCAAGGGUCUGCACUUCGCCGUCGUCAUGUGCAACUUCGGCGCCUUCGCACUCGUGCAGACCACGCUGGUCGCUGCCGCGCUAGGCGCCCUCUGCAUGCCCAGGUGUGGCUUUGACAGGUUCCUGGUUGUGGCCUUGGCGCUGCUCAGCUUUGGAGGGCAGAUCCUACUCACAAUGUCACUACAACUGGAGCAGGCUGGCCCCGUAGCCAUUGCUCGCUCAGCAGAUAUUGUUUUUGCUUUCAUAUGGCAGCUCCUUUUCUUCAAAGAAGUGCCAAACAGAUAUAGUGUGAUGGGUGCUGUGCUUGUAACAUGCUCUGUGCUGCUCACUGGCUUACGCCGUUGGGCGCUGGCAUUACCGGAAGCGUCACCUCUGCGACGCCGCCUUGGGCUCCUUGCUAGGUGAGGCGAGUGCAGCUCACAAGCACAAUAGAAGACUGGAUUUGUGAUGGAUGUUAAUACGAGGGCAUCAGUGUAACAUUACACUGAUGGCUGUUGAUGGAUUAGUGACAUUUAUAGUUGUGACACAAACAAACAAUUCUACUAUCCAGGAUGUGAUAGAUGGUGAUUGUGACUAUCAGAUGAACUGUUCAAAGUGUGGCUGUUGUUACACUCUUCUACAUUUAUACUGGAUUGUUGCUAUGUUUUAAGACUCCUGAUAAAGUGAUUACACUUUACCAAGUGUGCACAGUGUUCAGGCAUUACCUUUCUCUGUGUGCAUGUUUAAAAUAAUAGUAACUUGUUCUGUAUUGUAGCCUAAAUAACCAUUUUAUUGUAUUGUUGUACCAUGAAUGCAUAUUGAUUUUUGGUGCUAUUGUUUGGGAAACUACUUUCCAGCUUUUCAUGAAAAUACUAUUAAUACUUUACCCUCAAGUGUGUUUCAACUUUUUUGACACAUCUGCUAUGGAUGGGCAAUAUUUUAUAUGGAAGCUGGCAUAACAAAGAUAUAAACUAUUCAUUAUACUGCUUCACAGUGCUGUGUGAUUACAUCUUCUGUUAACAGUUUUUGGGAAGCAAUAAGUUUAAUGACUGAUGUUCUUUGAUGUUGAGAUAGUAUAUAAGCUCAAGAAGCUGAAUCAUAUUGUUUUUAAUCUUUACCUUGUAAAAUCAUCUGACAUUCAGCAAUUUGUACAAUGGCUAUAAAUAAACAAUACUCAGUUCUCGUGAUGAAACCUGAAGACUGAAUGUAGAGACAAUUAGGAUGUCAUAUUAGGGUUAUGCUGUUGGCUUUUCCCUGCAAAUGAGGCAUUUAAUUGCCUUUAGAGUGUCUACUACAGUUCUUUGAAGGUAUUAUUUUGCAAGAAGGUCAUUAAGAGAUGGAAUUAAGUAUUAUGUCUAGUUUAUUAUUUUGUGGCAGCAUCUAUGCAGAUAUUUUUAAUGGUUAAAAAGACUGAUUUAUUUCCUGUCUUUUUUGGUGGUAGGUUAGACCAGAGAUAGUAAUCAGGAACUGGUCUUGCAUAUGAAUUGAUGAGGAGAACUGCAGUUUACUAUAACUUUUUAAGUAUAUGGGCUACUUUCAAACAAAAAUGUACUCUUCCAUAUAGCACUAUAUUUGGUGGCAAACCAUGGGAAGUAUGAAGCAUUGGCUGUAUUUGGUUCACUUGUAAAAGAAAAAAGGUAGUUAAUACACUAUAUCUGUAAGACUAGUUACUCUGAAUAAUUAAACUUGUUUGCAGCUUGCCUGAUACAUCUGAAAACUGCAUGUGAUUCUUCAAU